AGCGGCGGCGGCGCCAUGCAGGCCAACGGGGCGGGAGGAGGCGGCGGCGGCGGCGCGGGCGCCACCCCGGAGCUCGCCUGCCUGGCGGCGCAGAACGGGGAGGCGUCCCCGGCGGCCGCGGGGGACCUGGCGCACGCCAACGGGCUGCCGCCGCCCGCCGCCGGCAACAAUGGCACCGGACCGAGUGUCAACAACGGGGUCCCCGGCGCCGCCGCCGCCCUGGCCGCCCCCGAGCCGGGCAGCAGCCUCAAGAAGAAGAAGCGGCUCUCGCAGUCGGACGAGGACGUCAUCCGGCUGAUCGGCCAGCACCUGAACGGCCUGGGCCUGAACCAGACUGUGGACCUCCUCAUGCAAGAGUCAGGAUGUCGCUUAGAACAUCCCUCUGCCACCAAAUUCCGCAAUCAUGUCAUGGAAGGAGACUGGGAUAAGGCAGAAAAUGACCUGAAUGAGCUAAAGCCUUUAGUGCAUUCUCCUCAUGCGAUUGUGGUAAGAGGCGCGCUUGAAAUCUCUCAAACGUUGUUGGGAAUAAUUGUGAGGAUGAAGUUUCUGCUGCUGCAGCAGAAGUACCUGGAAUAUCUGGAGGACGGCAAGGUGCUGGAGGCACUUCAGGUUCUGCGCUGCGAGCUGACGCCCCUGAAGUACAACACAGAGCGCAUUCACGUUCUCAGUGGGUAUCUGAUGUGUAGCCAUGCAGAAGACCUAAGAGCAAAAGCAGAAUGGGAAGGCAAAGGAACAGCUUCCCGAUCAAAACUGCUGGAUAAACUUCAGACCUAUUUACCACCAUCAGUGAUGCUUCCCCCACGGCGUUUACAGACCCUCCUGCGGCAGGCAGUGGAACUACAAAGGGAUCGGUGCCUAUACCACAACACCAAACUUGAUAGUAAUCUGGAUUCUGUGUCUCUACUUAUAGAUCAUGUUUGUAGUAGGAGACAAUUUCCCUGUUAUACUCAGCAAAUACUUACGGAGCAUUGUAAUGAAGUGUGGUUUUGUAAAUUCUCUAAUGAUGGCACUAAACUAGCAACAGGAUCAAAAGAUACAACCGUUAUCAUAUGGCAAGUUGAUUCGGAUACACACCUGUUGAAACUUCUAAAGACAUUAGAAGGACAUGCUUAUGGUGUUUCAUACAUUGCAUGGAGUCCAGAUGACAACUAUCUUGUUGCUUGUGGCCCCGAUGACUGCUCUGAGCUCUGGCUUUGGAAUGUACAAACGGGAGAACUGAGAACAAAGAUGAGCCAGUCUCACGAAGACAGUUUGACAAGUGUGGCUUGGAAUCCGGACGGCAAGCGCUUUGUGACUGGAGGCCAGCGUGGGCAGUUCUACCAGUGUGAUCUGGAUGGAAAUCUCCUGGACUCCUGGGAGGGGGUGAGAGUGCAAUGCCUUUGGUGUUUGAGUGACGGGAAGACUGUCCUGGCAUCAGAUACACACCAGCGGAUUCGGGGGUAUAACUUCGAGGACCUCACAGAUAGGAACAUAGUACAAGAAGAUCAUCCUAUUAUGUCUUUUACAAUUUCAAAAAAUGGCCGAUUAGCUUUGUUAAAUGUAGCUACUCAGGGAGUUCAUUUAUGGGACUUGCAAGACAGAGUUUUAGUAAGGAAGUAUCAAGGUGUCACUCAAGGGUUUUAUACGAUUCAUUCAUGUUUUGGAGGCCAUAAUGAAGACUUCAUCGCUAGUGGCAGUGAAGAUCACAAGGUCUACAUCUGGCACCGGCGAAGUGAGCUGCCCAUCGCAGAGCUGACCGGGCACACUCGCACAGUCAACUGCGUGAGCUGGAACCCACAGGUCCCGUCCAUGAUGGCUAGUGCCUCCGAUGACGGCACUGUGAGAAUAUGGGGACCAGCACCUUUUGUAGACCACCAGAAUAUCGAAGAGGAAUGCAGUAGCAUGGAUAGUUGAUGGCAAAUUUGGAGCAGACGACUUCUGUUUAACUUAAAAUUAGUCGUAUUUUAAUGGCUUGGGAUUUGGUGCAAACAAACAUGAUUGAUAGCUGGACAGACAUGCUCGUCAUGAAAACAGAACCAUUUCUGAAGCCCGAUUGGGGCCAAACACGUACACCUUGCUUCAUAGUAACCAGUUGAAAUGAAGCACGUCGUUAGAACGUUGUUGGACGCCAUGUUGAAUUCUCCCCCCAUCGGUUGUGAAGAACUAUGCUACAUCCAGGCUUACCCAUUGAACUCAGUAUAUAUAUAUAUUUUUUCCCUCCUGCCUUUUGUCUGGCAGGAUACCAUUCUUGUUGCUCUUCUGUGUAAUGAAGUUUAAAUGCUUGUUUGGAAAACUUUAUUUAACAGUUUAGAAGGCUUGAUAGAAAGAGUGCAUUAGUCUGAAGAGUAUACAUUGGAUAGGAAAGAAUUUCCUUCUUUUGUUUUUCCAAAUCUCUCCGCCUUAUUUAGCUUGAGAUCUUUGCAGCUUGGUUCAUGGAUUUUAGCCUUGCCCGUUGCGCAGUAUAUACUGAUCCAGAUGACAAACCAGUGAACUAUGUCAAAAGCACUCUCAAUAUGACAUUUGACAAAAAGUUUUGUACUUUUCACAUAGCUUGUUGCCCAUAAAAAGGGUUAACAGCACAAUUUUUUAAAAAUAAAUUAAGAAGUAUUUAUAGGAUUAAAGUGACUUCAUUUGUAUACAUUUGGAAUCUAAACCAGCUUAAAAAGUUUUCCUCUAUGACUUAGAUACACAGCAAAGCUGAUGGCUCUUCUGUGUACCACGUGACAGACCGUCACAACAGUGCUUGAAGGACAUGUACAGCAAAGUCAGUAACACUUUGAGGGUACUCACUCACACACUUUGCUUUAUCAUGAAGGAACAUUGAUAUCUGACGCUGAAGAAACUCAAGAUUCAAAAACUAGUUUUAAAUCUGCCAACAUAAGGUAGCAAGUCAUCCGUGCAGGCUUUCCACAUUUGUUCCAGGAUGUUCACUUGGGAACCCAUACUGGUAGGGUACAGCAGGAGUAGAAAUCAGCAGGUUAAACCACUUUGGAGACUCACAACAACUUGAAGUCAGCAGGUUACAAAUAAACUGGGACUAAAACCUCAUAGUUACUUCUAACUGCCCUCGGUACCUUGACAUGUUAGGGACAUAAUAGGUUCCUUCUCAGCUUUUCUGAUGUUGCCAUACUAAACCUCAUUCAAACUGGUGCUGUGGACAGUCUCUCCUCCCCUUUUAGGAAAGGUUCUUCCAUGGGAAAAAAGUUUUAAUUUUGAGAAUUUCACAUUUAAGAUAAUCCAAAAGCCUGAUGUGCACAUUGUGCUUUUAAACCCUAACAGCGGAGUAAAGCACACUUGGCCUCCCUUGAAAUUGUUCUUUAAGCAGAGGAAAGUAGGGGGACAUCGUUGUUGUACUGGAAAAAGGAAUGGGAAUAACCCCAAAGCUAAGAUCCCAGUGGAGAAAAAACUCACACCCAGUUCCUCUUUAGGCCUUUCCCAGUCUGGUAUACAUCACCAUGACAACACCCUUCAGUACCCACAAAGAAGAAAAAGGCUUGGAUUCAGGAAUUCUUCCAUUGUGGGGUGGAAGGGAGGGGUGGCAGCAGGGGGCAGGAAUGUGUCAGGGAAGGGGAGAAGAAUGAAAACACAUUUGGCCUUAAAACAGCAUGUAUUCUCUCAAGACCCCCUGGUAACAAAAGACAGGUCAUAGAUUUAUUUUAUCAAAUUGGUGUGUACAUGAUUUCAUUAAGAUUAUUUUGCAGAGACCACCACCUACUAGAAUCAAAGAAUUCCUGUUUUGAUACUCCUGAGUUAAAAUAACUAUGUUACCGUUUAUCUGGUACUUCAUUUUUCUUGACUAAAAUUACUUUUUACUUUAAGCUUGAAUAAAAAUCUUCAUUGACAACUGUAUAUAAUUAAGUGGCAACUUCUCUUUACCUCAGUACAGUUAGAACCAUAUUUUAAGUAAUUUGUAUAAACCCUGAAGCCAUUAAUGCACCCAUCUCUAUAGUAACACCCUUAACAAAAUGUGAGCAUAGAAUCUCCACGGCUGUUUACAAACUUGGUUAGUGUGCUACCCUGCACGUGUAACAUUGGCUGAGAUUUGUCAGAUUCCACUGCAGCCAGACACCCUUCGGCCUGUGUUUUCAGAGGUCUUUUGAGGUGCAAUAUAAAAAAGGGGGAGAAAAGAACAUAGCUCUUACUAAAUGGAGUAACAAUUAUGCAAAGGUUUCCAUAGCAGCUAGGUGAGUUUGCUCCCUAGGUCUGUCAUAACUGGCAGCCUCCUGUGUAUACUGGCAUAUUGAUGUGCCAAUUUGCUGUCGAGGUCUGUUUCAUACAUUUGCUGUGGUUGUGAUAGGGAGGUGGGACAAAAAAAAGGAAAAAAGACGAUUGGAGAAACCCAGGAUUUUAUGGAAUAGUAUAAACCCAGUGGCAGGAUUUUCUAGUCCAUAGCUAUUAGUUGAAAUUGAAAAUGCUUUUAGAUUAUAUAGUAGACUUAAGAGGGUUUCUAUCAAGCCAUCCACAAGAUACAAAUGUAUAAGUUGAAAAGUACUAAUACUUUUUGCACAUAGAUCAAAAUAGAGUGGAGAAUUUUUGGCUCCAAAAUUCAGGUUAGUAGGUUUAUUUCCAUGUAUUUAAAAUUUUUUUUUUUUUUUUUGGUUAUGCAAUGAAUAAGGGCUACAGCAAGAAUGAAAUUAAAUGUCUUCUUCCUGUUAAAUAAGUGGUUAUUAAUGGUAAAAUGUUGGAUUUGGUUAUUACGGAGGUUGGUGUGUGGGUGGUAAAGAAUAAGUGGGGAUUGGAAGGGAUAAUGGCUUACCUAGUUUUGGUUAUGUAUUUAUGCCAACUACAUUUCUGUUCCUCUUAUUGGCCAGGUAAAUGAGUUAUAUUAACCCAGGUAAGUAGUUUGGACACAGAAGGUUUUAUUUGCAGACGUCCACAAAUGAGCCUGGUUCAUCAGGUGGGAGAGUAAAAAGGGAUUCCAAGUUGAAAAGAAACCAAUAUUGUCAAUAUUUUCUUACUCUAAAUAAAAACAAGUAGUGGUACAGUGAGUUUUAUUAG